AUGACUUUGCUAAUGCUGUCCAAUGAGCUCGUCUUAGAGAUCGCGGGCUAUCUCAAAUAUGAAAGCGACAUCAACGUUCUCAUGCAAGUCAGCGGCCGGCUAUACUACGUCCUAAGCCCGUAUCUUUACCGCCACAACGCGCGCUACUCCGAGGGAUCUGCUCUUGUGUGGGCAAUUCAGAAUAAUGUCGCGCCAGCCGCUCAAAAAGCCAUCGAGGGCGGGGCUCUGGGAUCUCUUCCAAAAUGGUACGGGCCGAUAUAUUCUGAGACAGCUAUAAGUUCUGGCUAUAACGCUUUUGUGAAGGCGUUGGAAAGCGACUUUGCAGAGCCAGAGAAAUGGAUUCAGCCAAUUCUUGGAAUUGAUGCCCAAGGAAACGAAGACAGCAAAUACCAAUAUCAACUUGGGAAAAAGAAUCCCUUGUUCCUGGCGCUACUUCAAGGCCACGACGCUGUCGCGCAGGUCAUGAUCAAUUACCUGAAGACGCCGCAAACGCAAAGGGAUGGUGACAGAGGAGGAAUACAGAACGUCUCUGGGGAUACGGCCCUAGAAAAGCUGCGUCUACUCGGGAUUACUCUGAGUAAGAAUGAGAUCCAUCAGCUGCUCAGAGGGGCAUCUGGCAGGGGUGAUCUUGCUACGGUGAAAUUCAUCACAAAGUGGUAUUCCAAGGCUAUUGAUGAAGCGUCACGUACAUCUGAUGGCCAAAGACCACCAUUAACCAUGGCAGCAUUAUCUGGUCAGGUGGAAGUUUUGCGAUACCUGCUCAGCUUUGGGGUUGAUCCAAACCUCGGAUGCGCUUCAACGAAGGAGACACCACUAUACUUUGCAGCUUUUUUUGGUAAUGCGGAGAUUGUUCAAAUUCUGCUCGAUUAUGGGGCUUGCGAUUUCCGGGAAAGUCUUGCAGAGGAAGGAGAUCACUCACUGAGAAUUCUGGGGGCGGCGGGAGAAAGAGGCCAUGCUGAGGCGGCAAAGCUUCUGUUGGAACAUAGCAACUACAAGAGCAAAGUGCCCAGUAGUUUCUGGAACUACAGCUCUAUCUUGAUCACAGCAUCAACUUGUGGAUUCACAGACAUGCUUCAAUUCGUCCUUGAUAACGACCCAGAGCAAUACCGUAAGACCCAAUUUGGUAAAAGACAGUUCACAUGCCCAUAUUACCAAGGCUCAUGUUUGUUCCGGGCUGUCGAAAGAAGUCACAAGGAUAUUAUCGCGUUGUUGUUGGAGUACGGCGCUGAUCCAUAUGGCACUGUGCAACAGGUACCGUUCCUCGAGGCCAUCACGAGAGGGAACAUGGACAUUGUCGAGCUGUUCCUGGAAAAGGGUAUCAAGAUCAAUCAUCGGGACAAAUAUGAAUUCUCCGGCCGUCCUUUGUACUAUGAAAACACAUGUACACUUGGCAUGGCUGCCCUGUGCCAUGCAGUCCGGUUUCCAGCAAUCUUUCGAUUGAUCCUUGACAAAGGAGUCCGUAUCAACGCCAGGUCGCUUGUCGCAUUGGUCCUGAGGACAGAGAUCGCACGCUCGGGAACUAAGGAAAUAACCAAUAUAUUGCGCGGGAGAGGCUACUUAGUUGAAACACCUGAAGAGUGCCAGCUCUACAGGUGCAACAUGCCAAUUCAUGAAACAAGUCAAGAUGGUGAAUCUCGGCUUUUGCGGAUUAUUGCGUUGACAAGGCCAUUUUCACCGUACGUGGUGCAAGUCUUGCAGGAUGCUCUCACUAAAGGCGAUUCAGUAACCGUCAAUUACCUUCUUGAACGAGGCUGUCAUCCGAGCUUGGAACAUAUUGAACAAGACAAAAGAGCGACAAGCCUGGAACUCGCAGCGCAGGUAAAAGAUUCCAAAGCAGCAGGGGCUACACUUGACGUGCUGCUGCACCACGGGGCCGAUAUGGAUGCACUCAGGACAAUCCACCAGCCGCGCUGGAUAUACGCCUACGUCAGAGAAGAUGAUGAAAGACAUCUGACUUCUGCCCGGCUCCUUGUUGAGCGAGGCGCCAACACGGAUCCAAAGACUAGCAAAUGGAUCCAGAACUCCCUUACAAAGUCAGUGAAUUCCGAUCAUUCUCAUGUGAGAACUCUCCGAUAUCUACUGCAGACCAUCUGUGCGUCGGGGAUCUCCUUGACAGAGUUAAGCAUCGCCCUGGCGCAGUUGGAAGAUAUCAAUAAGCGAACGCUUCGCAUGGACUGGCGCAUCACGAGGAUUCUGGAAAAUGCUUACUGGCGGAUGAAAUACCCUGUUCCGUCACCGUGA